AUGAGUUUCCCAGGCUCCGGCGGGAAUAGUCCCGCGGCCUCAUCGAUGGCAUCGGGCAUGGGGAUUAGCGGUAGCAGCACCUCGGGGAUGAGUGAUCAGGAGGCUGCUAUGGUGAAAACAAUGACAGCAGCAAUGGAAUCCUGCCCCGUCAAAACGGUCAUGGCAGGCGGAAUGGGAUUCGCUCUCGGAGGUGCAUUCGGAUUAUUCAUGAGCAGUAUGUCCUACGACACCCCCCUGACCCCCCAAGGCCGCGAACUCUCCAGCCUCCCCGUCCGCGAGCAACUCCGCCGUGGCUUCAAAGAUAUGGGCAUGCGCUCCUUCAGCUCGGCCAAAAACUUUGCACUGGUAGGCGCAAUGUUCACCGGGACAGAGUGCUGUAUUGAAGGGUUGCGGGCGAAGAACGAUCUGGCAAACGGCGUGGCGGCCGGGUGUAUUACGGGCGGGGUGUUAGGGGCGAAGGCGGGGCCGCAAGCGGCGUUAUUGGGGUGUGCAGGGUUUGCGGCGUUUAGUGCGGCGAUUGAUGCGUGGAUGAGACAGCCGUCGGAUUGA